CUCCAUCAUUUCUCACCUCUCUGUUUUCUCUCCGGUGGAAAAUGCCGAAGUCUGAAGCUCCAUUUCGCCGCCGUUGAAGACGUGUUUCUGAAGCUACUUUGUUUUCGGAUUUCGGAUACUUAGUUGGGUUAGGUUUUGAAUUUUGGUCGUGGCCGAGCUGGAGAAUUAUAACUUUCGAGUUCCAGACUGGAGUCUACAGCCAAUGUUAAUGAACAAGGGAGUGAUUCUGUAAUCAAGGAAGGUCAAAACAAUAGUGUGAUUAGUGUCUUUACCCAUGGGUGACGAUGAUGAUGUGAAAUCUGUGAAAACUGAAAAAUCAUCUUCACCUCUGACCGCGGAGCCAAAAAACCAUACCAAUCAGACGAAUGUUCACGUCUAUCCUGAUUGGGCAGCCAUGCAGGCAUACUAUGGUCCUAGAGUUCCUAUGCUCCCAUUUUACAACUCACGAGCAGAUUCUGGCCAUGCUCCCCACCCAUAUAUGUGGGGACCGCCACAGACAAUGAUGUCGCCCUAUGGGGCACCUUAUGCAGCAAUAUAUCCUCACGGAAGUGUUUAUGCACAUUCAGCAGUUCCUUUUGGUUCAAAUGGUCAAGGGGUUCCACUAUCAUCUGCUGCUGCAAAUUCUUCAAGUGUGGAAGCACCUACAAAGUCAUCCGGUAAUAAUGAUCGUGGGUUGGUGAAAAAAUCAAAGGGAUUUGAUGCACUUGAAAUGUCAAUAGGCAAUGGUAUUGCUGAGAAUGCUGAAGGUGGAGCUAAUCAGUCCAUCCCCAAGAGUUCUGCAACUGAAGGCUCUAGUAGUGAUGGGAAUACAUCUGGGGCAAGUCAACCUAGACAAAAAAGAACUCGUGAGGGAACACCCAGUACUGCUGGAGAUCAGAAACCACAAAUGCAUUCCAGUCUGGCUUCUGUUAAGGAUAAUGCAGCUUCUGGUAAGGCAUUGGGUACAACUGUUGCUGUUGUUGGUGUCCCAGCAAAAUUGGUUGGACCAACAGUUUCUCCUGGCGUGACCACUGUUUUGGAACUCAAGAAUUCGUCCAACGUGAACUUAAAUGGUGCUACUAGUGUUCAACAAGCUGGUGCAGUUUUGCCUCAGGAGACCUGGUUACAGAAUGACAGAGAGCUCAAACGGGAGAGGAGGAAACAAUCUAAUCGGGAAUCUGCUAGAAGAUCCAGGUUGAGGAAGCAGGCUGAGACUGAUGAACUUGCACAAAAAGUUGACGCCUUAAAUGCUGAUAAUGUGUCUCUCAAGUCUGAAAUAAAUCGAUUGACAGAAAAUUCUGAUAGAUUGAGGGUUGAAAAUGCGUUACUAAUGGAGAAACUGAAAAAGGCACGAGUAGGACAAAUGGAAGAGAUUAUCAUGAAUAUCAAUGAUAACAGGGUUGAAACUAUUAAUACAGAAAACCUGCUGUCAAGAGUCAACAACUCCGGUGGAUUAGCAAGAGAUGUUGAGGAAGAGGGUAGCAUGUACGAGAAAAAGGCUGGCGGGAAGCUGCAUCAGCUCCGGGAUGCAAGUCCGCGGGCUGAUGCCAUUGCUGCUAGCUAAUUGUUGGACCGGUAAAGUGCAGUCCUCUUAAUCUAUGUAGUUUUGGCAUAUUAAAAGACCAAAAUUACUGCUAACAAAAGCAGGGAGUGUGACCCUUGAACAUGAUAUAAGGGUGCAGCAGAAAGCUAAGGCUCUAAUCUUUACUUCGUGGUUGGUUAUUUCAUGACUGGUGCCUAUAUAGGUGUGUAUUUCUAAACAGGACGAUCUACAAUUCAGAGGUGCUGGGAUGGCCGCUGAAUGUGAUGUCCAUUGAAGAGUGCUAGAGAUUUGUUAAGAGUAGAAAAAACCUUAUUGUAUGAGUGUAUGGGUGUUCUGUAAAUUCUCGACCCUUUUGCACAAAAUGUGGUGACAAUGGAAUGUGCUGUAUGUUGUAUUGUGAUAGUUAUUGCUUUUAUCCUUUACCUCGUGGUGCUAGAGCACCGGUCUGUUCUAGAGCUUACACGAGUAGAAUCUUUCAGGUUCUGCUUAGAGAGUGAUAGUUAAAAUUUUGAAUCACGGUUGUGAUUCAUGGA